AUGCGAACGCACGACGAAUUCCUGGCCGACCAAGAAGAGCCGGAACAGCCCACCAAAAGAAACAAGGUUACACAUCUCAACCGCAUCUGCUAUGACUGGAUGGUCGUGUCUGGAAACUGUCACUAUGCUAGGGACCGCGCCGUAUUCACGACCUACCGCUCCGUCGAGCUGCGCCUGAAAAACAACAUCUUCAACCCCACGGACGAGCUGCACGUCGCGGGCGUCGGGACCGUCCAUCUCACCGUGUGCAGGAGCCCACAGGACCCGACGUCGCAUGUCAUCGAGCUGGAGGACGUGUUGCAUAUCCCCGAGGCCGUGUGUAAUGGAUUCAAUCCGCUGCUGUUCGGUAGUAGCAUGUCAUGUAAUGCGGACUACUGGGAGGGUGCGGAUCGCAGUGGCCAGCCGGUGUGGUUUAGUUUGCCGUUUGCUGGUCAUACGAGGUUGGUUUUGGCGGGCGAUCCCAAGGGUGAGUCUGACUUGAUUGAGGGGAGGUAUUAUACGCUUAGCUUGUAUAUUACGCCGGAGGAGAAGAGGGAUCUGGCGGAUGGGGGUCUGAAUGCGAAUGGCGUGGUGUUUUGA